AAUACGCCAGUUCUGUGUCUCUGUAACAGGCAAAGUGGAUAUGUUCGUUUUCCUUUAAUGUUGCCGAAAAAUGCAUGUCUAAUAUGUUAAAUUUUCGUUACGGCACAAGGUCAAUAACACUACUUUAACGUCAAUAUCUUCUGUUAAAUUAAUGAAGCCAUUACAGUGCACUUAAAACUUUGAGGCCAAAUAACUUGGAAACAAGGUGGUGACAUCAAUGAUUUUUUACCGCAUGGAUAACUAGGGCCCACCUAGGACCAAUUUGGGUAAUUUUCCCAAACCUGGGUCCCCAAAUCAGGUUAAUGAUAUCAUCAAAAAACCUUCAAACUGUAAUAUCUCUACAACCGUUUGUAAAAGAUCAAUGAUCGUAUACAUUUUCUUCAUCAGCAUUUCAAGAUUUAUAUGAUAAAGGUAACGGCUAUAUUAAUUUCUAAAAAAAAAAUUUUGUAUAUUUGUUCGUCUUUGCUGACAUCAGCAAAAUGUUUAAACUCUUUAUCUCCUUAGGUGUUUGUCCGAAAUAUGAUGAUCCUAUACAUUAUUUUAAUCAGCUAUUCAAGCUCUGCACAAUAGAGGCAACAAGUAAACAAAUUUCCAAGAAAAAAUAUUUUGUCUUUUCACGAUUCCUUGCCGACGUCAUCAAAAUUUAAAUAAUGGGUCUUUUACUGCUAUCCUGCCUAAGUGGAUUUUUUUGCACAUACAUUGUGCAUAAUGGUAAUCCAAUUGUCCAAGUAUAUACAAGUUUCCACAAUCUCAACAAUUGGUUCUGUGAAAAUUUAUGCUUUUAAUGAGAAAAAACCCAAUAAUGAAUUUAUAAAUCUUAGUUUUUUCUUUUUUAAGAUGCUGUCAUACUUCUAAUUUGUGGGCAGCAGCAAAAGCCUUGUGCAUUGUUGCUAACCAGAGUAACAUUCUUCUUUUUGUUAUAGCUAUAGAUCAUUUAAUACAAGUUAUUGCAAAGGUAAAAUAAUAUCCCGAUUAAAUGAAGAUGUAUAAGAAUACACCUUUGUCUGAUUUAACUCAUAAGGAACUUGCUAACGCAAUGAAAGAGUUGAAUUUAAAUAUCGGACCUAUUACAAGUACUACUCGAAGAAUAUAUGAGAAUCGACUGAGGUCACAUUUAGAACAGUCUGUCAAUAAGUCAGACAACAAAGAUGAAGAGGGUGAAGGUAUAAAUAACUCGAAUUGUAGCAAAACAGCUCUACAACAAGAAGCCUUAAUGCUCAACAGAACACCUAAUAGUGAACUAAAGGUUUCUGAAAGAUCCAACAUAGAUGAAGAAUCCCCUCCGGAUUAUGAUGGUUUUUAUUUUGGAGUAUGGAUACCUGUUUCACCCACAAGAUUUCUUGAUAAAGAUAAACCAAAUGUAUUUCGUUCCCAGCAGGAAGCUCUAAAAAAAGCAAAAGAAUAUAAAGGUUCUAGAUUUAAAUCGUUUCGAUGUAAAAGCGAUGCUACUGAUUUUGCACUAUCUCAUCCAGACCCAACCCGUGUUGAUAAGAUAUGUGAAACAAUUUCUUCAGCUGUGACUAGUGAAGUCGCAAAAACCAUAAAACCUCCAACUUUUCAAGAACUAAUGAAAUUUCGACGUGCCAUAGAAGAAAACGACAUCCAAUUUGUUCAGCAGUGUUUAUUCAAUCCUAAAUAUUUAAUCAGUUCAGGUGAUAUGCCAGUCAUGUUGCAAGAAGGUACCAGGCUGCAUGCACUUCAUGUAGCAGUAAAAUACAAUAAGCUUAACAUGUGUAAACUUGUACUUAACACCCUACAAUCUGAUUCUUUUCUGCAACUAAUGUAUCCUGGAGCAACUGAGGACAACAUAGCAUUUAGAAAGAAACAUUUAAUAGACUUGUAUCUCAAUACACCUGAAAAAAUUCUUUGCGAUACACCUCUACAUAUGGCAUGUAAAUUUGGUUUUGUUGACAUUGUUGCAUUUCUACUAAGUUGUGACCAACUAAACAGACAUGCAAAAAACAAAGACGGGAAGACCUGUCAACAGGUGAUGGGUACCAGAGUAAGCGCACGUGGUGAGAAACGAAACAUGAUACUCAAAAAUAUUAGUGAACUUUUUCAAGUGAAAGCUUAUGUACCAUUGUAUGUUGGUGAGGAGAGCUUGCCAAAAGUGGGUGAGCCUAUUGUAACACUGUCACCGGACGAAAGUCAACUUUACAAACAAAACAUAAAAGCUUAUGCUGGCCCAAUGUCUCCUGAUAAGGCUUCUACUUUAUUUCUUCAGUGGAAGAAAUCUCCUCGUGAUCGAUUGUAUGGUCGUAUUGCACGUAGUGAUUAUGAGAAAGGAAUGGAACGAAUUGGAAGGACAAUCGCUGCCAAGGAGAAAGUUCCUUUUAUCGAAUAUUGGCAUUUCCUUUCUUCUUUUAUUCAACUCUCAUCCACAGAAGGUCUCGAAAGGUUGGAAAAUUAUCUAAAAAACAAAAGCGAACUUUCUCUGAAGGAAAAUGAGGGUCGGCAUUCCAGGAUGGCGUUCACUUCUGCUAAGAAGGCAACAAAAAGCAGACUCAGCUCCUCUCCCGAUGACUUAGUUAAACGUAAACUUGAUUUUGAUUUGUCGGAAAACAAUAACGAAAUAUCGAGUAACCAAUCAGAUACUUCAAACGUUUUUACAGACAUUUCAAUUCAUCACCAAAAAAACAAGAGCCCCUUGGGCAUUGGAAAUAAUUCACAUCGGGUUUUAGAGACGCAUGUUGGAAAUUUGGGUUGUAAUACACUUGGAGAAAAUCAAAACAGUUUGAAUAUAAAUCAUUUAAGACAGUCGGACUCUUCUGAAAAUAAGAAUUCCUCAGACGAAUGUUUUUGUAGGUGUGGACAGUUGUUGGAAUAUUGUGAAAAAUGCACAGUGGAAAUCGACGUGGAUAUGUUAUCUGUUUCUUUUAAAACGUGUUCGCUUCGGGAAAAAUCACCUAGCGAGAAAACACUCCAAAAUUCUUUCGAAAAAGUUAACGGUAAAUUUGAAAACGGGAAUGGAAACGAAGUGGCUACAGAAAAAAUAGUGGUUGAUGCUUAUGGAGAUGAAGGCCAAAAAAAUUUCGAUGCUAGCGACGGCGACAAGGACGUUAACAACGAUAGUGACGUUAAAGAUGACGACGAUUUUAAACCUCAUGUCUUUAUUGACGGCGACGUGCCGUCUAAAUACGACGUCGACGUUUUCAGGGCCCUACCUGACGUCAAUCUUAAUUCUUAUCCAUAUAUACAACACUGGAAGAAGUAUAUAGAAGACUUUCCCGACCAAAUAAGACAAAGUUGGCCCAGUCCUGGUUCACCACGUUAUUCACAUCGUAGACACCUGUUAUGGACAGCUUAGAAUACCACGUUUUCACAUCGUAGACAUUUGCUAUGGACAGCUUAGAAUACCACCGUAAAUUUUGCUUAAUACACCGUUUUAAAAGAAGAUACAACAACACUACUUCUUGGGUGUUUUAAAAGAAAAAAAGAAGAUUUAUUUAUCUUUUGUAAUUUUAAAGCACAGUCAUGUUAUUUAAAGUAAGAUUUUAGAGAUUUGUAUAUAAUGCGCAAUUAUUUAUAUAUGUUGUGGAAAAAUAAUAAAUUUAUUAACCUGCUUCUUUUUUGUACAAUACGAGUGUAUGUUGUUGAGAAACUUUCAAAUUAUAUUUCAUUAAAACUUAGCGGUUACACAAGUUCAAUAAGUUGUUGGUAACACAAAGAUCGAAAAAAAUAUAAAGAUUGCAAAGCGUUAGUCCAGUAAUUUUGAACUUUUGUUUUAUCUAUUAAAUGCUUUAUUGCGAUUGGAACUUAUCCAAAAAAACAUGAUAGUAGUUGUUCCUGCAUGAAUAUGAGCAGGCCUCAUAUCCUACACAGGGACCUGAGGCUACCAUUUUAUAUUCUGGUAAAGUAUUAUUUCUAAUUUAUGUUACACAUGACAGCACAGUUUAUUUACUUAUUGUUAUAUAGUUGAUGCUGUUAUGUUAUGUAACCUAUUUAAUUACUUUAGGGAUUUAUUGUUAGUUAAUCUGUUUCAGUAUGUUAAGUGUGUAUUUCUAUUGUUCUAUUAUAUGUAUUGAUAGUA